AUCCUGACCAUCACCCAGGGAACAACUGCACAGCUCUGGGAAGACGUCCAGUCCCUUCACAGCAUUGCUCAACACAGAGAAGGUUGGGCAGUGAAACCAUCAUCUGGAAAUUGGUCAGGUCAGGAGAGCUUUGACACAUCAUCAGAUCUGAAACUGGUCAGUGGUGUUCCAUUAGAACCAACCUUUCUGAAGGUUUAGCUAUGGAUGAUCAGAAGAAGUGUGACUGGCUCCAAGUUCAGUGAAAGCUUCAUUCGUUCAUUGACCCUCACAAAUCACUAACCCAUUCCUAAAGGUGAGAGGCUGUUCAAGUGUGAGGUGAAUGAGGAGGGCUCCACAGGCUCUUAAAGUCUCCUAAUACUGAAGGUGCGUCUGUGGAACAACAUUUAACACAAGGACAGCUACAUGGAAGAGAAACCCUUCAAGUGUGAGGUGUGUGGUCGAGCUUUCGGACAGUCAUCAACGCUUGUGAAUCACCGACGUAUCCACACAGGAGAGAAACCAUUCAAAUGUGAAAUAUGUAGCCAGAGCUUUGCCCAGUUAUCAGGCCUUGUGAAUCACCGGCCCAUUCACACGGGGGAGAAACCAUUCAGGUGUGAGGUGUGUGGCAAAUCAUUCUCACAGUCAUCAACACUCCUCGUGCACCAACGUGUUCACACAGGGGAGAAACCAUUCCGGUGUGAGGUGUGUAUCAAAUCUUUCUCUGAUUCAUCGACCCUCCGCAGACACCAACGCAUUCACACAGGGGAGAAACCAUUCAAUUGCGAGGUAUGUAACAAAUCAUUUUCAACAUCCUCGGAUCUUCGUAUACACCAACGCAUUCACACAGGGGAGAGACCAUUUAUAUGCAAGCUGUGUGACAAAUCAUUCUCGUCAUCAUCAGAUCUCCACGUACAUCAACGCAUUCACACAGGGGAGAAACCAUUCAGAUGUGAAGUCUGUAACAAAUCAUUCUCACAGUCAGGAAACCUCCGCACACACCAACGCACCCACACAGGGGAGAAACUGUUCAAAUGUAAGGUGUGUGACAGGUCAUUCUCCGACUCAACGAGGCUCCUGCUUCACCAGAGGAUCCACACAGGGGAGAAACCAUUCACAUGUGAGGUGUGUAACAAAUCAUUCUCGGUGUCAUCAAGCCUCCGUGUACACCAACGCAUUCACACGGGGGAGAAACCAUUCACAUGUGAGGUGUGCAACAAAUCGUUCACGAGGUCAUGGAACCUCCUGUUCCAUCAGAGGAUCCACACAGGGGAAUGAAGGGUUUGUCAUGGAACUUCCAUGACGUCCUUGACCAUUCACAGCACCAUAGGAUUCACACGGGAGAAACUCUUUAGAUGCAGUGUGUGUGACAGGCUUUCACACAGUAGGUGCAUCUCUUCUCCAUAUUUUUGCCAAUCUGACCUCAGAAUGUGAACCUGUACACAGUCUCACUGCAGGAUGUUCAGUGGGACUGGGACACAGAACAAGAAGCAGCUUUCACUCCCAUCAAACAACUAGUGAUGACAUCACCAGUGCUGAGGGAUUAUGAUGUCAACAAUGGAGUCACCCUGCAGUGUGAUGUCAGUGAAACAGGACUUGGAGUAACCCCCAGGCAGUGAGGACAACCCGUUGUGUUUGUAUCCAGAGCAUUAACACAAACUGAACAACACUGUACACAGAUUGAGAAACAGAGUCUGGAUAUUGUCUUUAUUUGUGAGGAGUUCAACAUGUAUCUGUUUGGGAAAGAGCAAGUAAUGGUGGAGUCAGACCACAAGCCAUUUCAAAACAUCUUUUUAAAGCUACUUGUAUCUGCUUCAGAGCAUUUGCACAGGAUGUUACUUUGCUUGUGGAUACUUUGGUUAGAAAUAAGUACAAUCAAGAAAAGCAGAACUUUGUCACUGACAUGCUGUUGAGAACUGCUCACUCUUUCAAGUUGAUGAUGCUUUCCCAAUUUACCACAAGAAAACAGCAGCACCAUGUGCUCUGGAAUUAUCAGCCCAGCAGAGACAUUGCGACAUCUUCAGGUCUCCGGAUUACUGGAAUCCGGAGGUAAGGUAUUGGAGCCACUCACACUGACGCAGUGACUCCAUGGGAAUUAUCUGGGAAGUUGAACAUCCAACAAGGAAUUCCCCAGCUCCCAGGAUCCUCUGAAAUGUCUGCAAUUCUGAAACUCCUGACAGUUACAAGUGUUGACUUGGAUAGUUCCCCAGAGAAUUUUAGACAGGAAGAAAUCUUGUCUAAGUGCUGAGUGCCCACGCACUCAAUUAACUCUGACCUCUUGACCACCCCAUUACUAAAACCCUCCAUCUCACUGAGGCCUGGCCUGACAACACCACCACUCCAAAAAACUCAACCUGUCCAGCCCAAUCACCCAACUACCCUAAAAUUAACGAAUUCCCAACCUGACAAUCCCUUCCUAGCCAAUCUAACUAAUUGCUAAUCAACCGACACCCUUCACCAGCUCACUCAGCUGCUGCCCUACCAAACCUGCCACCCGAUCCUGCUCCCAACCUGCAUUGACUCUCUCCACUGCUCUCUGUGUGGAUUCCUGCACUGAUUCCCUUCACUGCUGUCUGUGUAGAUUCCUGCACUGAUUCCCUUCACUGCUGUCUGUGUGAAUUCCUGCAUUGAUUCCCCUGACUGUUCUAAGUGUGGAUUCCUGCACUGAUUCCCCUCACUGCUCUCUGUGUGGAUUCCUGCACUGAUUCCCUUCACUGCUGUCUGUGUGGAUUCCUGCACUGUUUCUCUUCAGUGGAUUCCUGUACUGAGAGAGUUCUUUUGCCUGCUGCAUUGGAAGUUUUGCCAGAAAGUUGACCGCUGCAUAAAUGGGUGGUUUUCUCUCUGUUCAGUGUCAAACGGUGAGGUUCUGACUCGGGAUUCGGGUUGAAUCU